AUGCCUCCCAAGAAGCAAGUCGUUGAGGAGAAGAUCCCCCUGGGCAGGCCUGGAAACAACUUGAAGAGUGGUAUUGUCGGUCUAGCAAACGUCGGCAAAUCUACCCUCUUCCAGGCCAUUACCAAGUCAAACCUCGGUAACCCAGCUAACUUCCCCUAUGCCACUAUCGAUCCCGAGGAAGCUCGUGUCGUCGUUCCCGAUGACCGGUUCGACUGGCUCGUUGAGAAGUACAAGCCCAAGUCGGUUGUCCCCGCCAACUUGACCGUCUACGAUAUUGCCGGUCUCACUCGCGGUUCAUCUACUGGCGCUGGUCUUGGAAACUCUUUCCUGUCGCACAUUCGCGCUGUCGAUGCCAUCUUCCAGGUUGUCCGUUGCUUCGAUGACGCCGAGAUCAUUCACAUUGAGGGUGACGUAAACCCCACCCGUGAUCUUGACAUCAUCAGCGAGGAGCUCCGACUCAAGGAUAUCGAGUUCACUGAAAAGGCUCUCGAGAACCAGAAGAAGAAAACCCGUAUGGGUGGUCAGAGUCUGGAGCAGAAGAAGGCCGUUCAGGACCAAGCUACGCUUGAGAAGGUUCUGGCCUGGCUCAACGAUGGCAAGGAUGUCCGCAAGGGCAACUGGGGCCCCAAGGAGAUCGAGGUCAUCAACCCUCUUUUCCUCUUGACUGCCAAGCCCGUUGUCUACCUCGUCAACUUGUCUGAAAAGGACUUUAUCCGCAAGAAGAACAAGCAUCUUCCCAAGAUUGUCGAAUGGAUCAACGAGAACGCCAAGGGUGACCCUCUCAUUCCUAUCUCCGUCUCUUACGAGUCUCGUCUUACUCUGUGCGAGACUGAGGCUGAGUCUAAGGAGGAGCAGAAGACUGCUGGUGCUGACUCUGUUCUGCCCAAGGUCAUUCUUCAGAUGCGAAAGACCCUGCAGCUUGGCAGCUUCUUCACAGUCGGACCUGAUGAGGUCCGCCAGUGGACCAUUCGCAAUGGUACCAAGGCGCCUCAGGCCGCCGGUGUCAUUCACAACGAUUUCGAGAAGACCUUUAUCCAGGCUCUCGUCUUCAACUACAACAUCCUUAAGGAACUUGGUGAUGAGUCUGAGGUCAAGGCCAAGGGCAAGAUCAUGACCAAGGGUAAGGAGUACGUCAUGGAGGACGGCGAUAUUGUCCACUUCAAGGCUGGUGCUGCCAAGGGCUAA